UUUUUUUUUUUUUUGAGACUGAGUUUUGCUUUUGUUGCCCAGGCUGGAGUGCAAUGGCGCGAUCUUGGCUCACUGCAACCUCCACCUACUGGGUUCAAGUGAUUCUCCUGCCUCAGCCUCCCGAGUAGCUGGGAUUGCAGGCAUGUGCCACCACGCCAGGCUAAUUUUGUAUUUUUAGUAGAAACGGGGUUUCUCCAUGUUAGUCAGGCUGGUCUCGAACUCCUGACCUCAGGUGAUCUGCCUGCCUCGGCCUCCCAAAGUGCUGGGAUUACAGGUGUGAGCCAACGCGCCUGGCCCUUGGCCUGAUCAUUGUAAAGCCUGCUUCCACUUUCCCGUAUCCUUUGACUUUGACCUUUUUGUAUCCCUCUUUCACUUAUUAGGACCUUUUAAGGACAUUGUGCCCACCUGGAUCACCCAGGAGACGCUCCCCAACUCAAAAUCAUUAACUGAAUCACACCUGCAAAGUUGCAAAGUCCUUUUAGCUGCGUAAGGCACUGUAUUCACAGAUCCUGGGGGCGAGGACGUGGGGGUCUAGAGACGCAUAUCUUCGGGGGCCAUGAUCUGUCUCCUAUAUUAAGGACAUAGCAGAAGUGCCACUGACCAGAUAGAGGAGACUUAAUAGAGUGACGAAGAAACGUAAAAAGCUAAGUGGGAACUCAACGUUUUUCUGCUGACAGCUCUCAAGAGAAAGACCAAAGUCCUCCCCGGUGGCCUUCAAGGUAUUAUAUAUCACCCCUCUGACCUCAACUCCCCCUCCCCUUUGCUCAGUGGGCCCCAACCACACCAGCCCCUUCCUGCUCCCUGGACACCUCUAAGCCUUUUCCGGCCUCUGGGUUUGACUUUCCCUCCUAGACCCAUCUGUCCUUGGAGUCUCAUCUCCAAUUCCAGCUCAAAUGUCAUCUUCUCCGAGAGGCCCACCGCAGUGGCCCCAGUGAGAGAGUACCUCUCUGCCCGCCUCCCACCACAUGGCUGCUGGUCACUCUCCUAUAAGGAAUCAUCUGAAAUUAUCUGCUUUAGUUAUUCAUUUCUUGCCUGUCUCCCCCAGUUGGGAAUUUUCUCUCCCUGAGACCACCAACUGGGUCUGCCAUGUACACCGCUGGGUUCUGCAGCUCUGAACAGCCUGUCCAGCUGCUUUGUAGGUGCCCAGCACAGGUCACUCCUGUGCCCGCCAGGACUGGUCAGAGUGGAAUAGACAGGGCGGAGGGGGCAGGGCAGCCCUGCCCGCCUGGACAGCCUGGAGAAGGCGGGAAAACGAGGCGGGAAAAGACAGCAAACAAGCCCUGCGGGUGGGUAGAGUGGGGCGCCCUGGCAGGCCCUGACGCCAGGCAGUGGGGCUUGGGGCGAUCAGGCGAGCCAUCAGGGUGCAGGUGGUCUCCUAGGGGUCCCCCACAUUCCCUCGCAGUAUUUACACAUUUAUUCCGGCCUUCUUAGACCUACUAGUCAAUGCGUGCGAGUGGGGGGCUGCGAACGGACUUGGACUUAAGAGGUCAGGGAGUCUGUACCUUGGGGGUCCCCAAGGCUCCUGGGGGGGUCCACGUUGCAGGGGGUGACCAGGCCCUGCCACGCAGCCCCUUUGCACGCUGGGCGCGCCCAGCAGAGCGCACAGGGCUGGGCGGAGCCGUGGCCCGCUAGGCGGAGGCGCCGUGGACAGAGGCGGGGGCGCCCCCCACCCUCUUUCUCGCUUCCCGCCACUGCGUCGGCCAAUCAGGAGGCAGGCGCCCGCCCCCGGCACGGCCUCCUGCGGCCCCGCAACUCCCAAAUGCCGAGUUUUCGCGGGAAAAAAAUCAGAGCAGCUGGCAGCGCGGCGGGCAGCGUUUGCCGAGCGGGCGCUCCGGGUCGCACGCAAGUCCGCGCGGGGUCCGGGCCACGCACGCGGCUUCAUCGCCAUCCCCAGCCGGGCCAGGCGCGCAGGCAGACAAGCUGUUCGCGGCGACCGGAGAGGGCCGACACCAUGUGGAUCCAGGUUCGGACCAUGGACGGGAGGCAGACCCACACGGUGGACUCGCUGUCCAGGCUGACCAAGGUGGAGGAGCUGAGGCGGAAGAUCCAGGAGCUGUUCCACGUGGAGCCAGGCCUGCAGAGGCUGUUCUACAGGGGCAAACAGAUGGAGGACGGCCAUACCCUCUUCGACUAUGAGGUCCGCCUGAAUGACACCAUCCAGCUCCUGGUCCGCCAGAGCCUCGUGCUCCCCCACAGCGCCAAGGAGCGGGACUCCGAGCUCUCUGACACCGACUCCGGCUGCUGCCUGGGCCAGAGUGAGUCAGACAAGUCCUCCACCCACGGCGAGGCGGCCGCCGAGACUGACAGCAGGCCAGCCGACGAGGACAUGUGGGAUGAGACGGAGUUGGGACUGUACAAGGUCAAUGAGUACGUCGAUGCUCGGGACACGAACAUGGGGGCGUGGUUUGAGGCGCAGGUUGUCAGGGUGACGCGGAGGGCCCCCUCCCGGGACGAGCCCUGCAGCUCCACGUCCAGCCCGGCGCUGGAGGAGGACGUCAUUUACCACGUGAAAUACGAUGACUACCCGGAGAACGGUGUGGUCCAGAUGAACUCCAGGGACGUCCGAGCGCGCGCCCGCACCAUCAUCAAGUGGCAGGACCUGGAGGUGGGCCAGGUGGUCAUGCUCAACUACAACCCCGACAACCCCAAGGAGCGGGGCUUCUGGUACGACGCAGAGAUCUCCAGGAAGCGCGAGACCAGGACGGCGCGGGAACUCUACGCCAACGUGGUGCUGGGGGAUGAUUCUCUGAACGACUGUCGGAUCAUCUUCGUGGACGAAGUCUUCAAGAUUGAGCGGCCGGGUGAAGGGAGCCCCAUGGUUGACAACCCCAUGAGACGGAAGAGCGGGCCGUCCUGCAAGCACUGCAAGGACGACGUGAACAGACUCUGCCGGGUCUGCGCCUGCCACCUGUGCGGGGGCCGGCAGGACCCCGACAAGCAGCUCAUGUGCGAUGAGUGUGACAUGGCCUUCCACAUCUACUGCCUGAACCCGCCCCUCAGCAGUGUUCCCAGCGAGGACGAGUGGUAUUGCCCUGAGUGCCGGAAUGAUGCCAGCGAGGUGGUGCUGGCGGGAGAGCGGCUGAGAGAGAGCAAGAAGAAGGCGAAGAUGGCCUCGGCCACGUCGUCCUCGCAGCGGGACUGGGGCAAGGGCAUGGCCUGUGUGGGCCGCACCAAGGAAUGCACCAUCGUCCCAUCCAAUCACUACGGACCCAUCCCGGGGAUCCCCGUGGGUACCAUGUGGCGGUUCCGAGUCCAGGUCAGCGAGUCGGGUGUCCAUCGGCCCCACGUGGCUGGCAUCCAUGGCCGGAGCAACGACGGAGCGUACUCCCUAGUCCUGGCGGGGGGCUACGAGGAUGACGUGGACCAUGGGAAUUUUUUCACAUACACAGGUAGUGGUGGUCGAGAUCUUUCCGGCAACAAGAGGACCGCGGAACAGUCUUGUGAUCAGAAACUCACCAACACCAACAGGGCGCUGGCUCUCAACUGCUUUGCUCCCAUCAAUGACCAAGAAGGGGCCGAGGCCAAGGAUUGGCGGUCGGGGAAGCCGGUCAGGGUGGUGCGCAAUGUCAAGGGUGGCAAGAAUAGCAAGUACGCCCCUGCUGAGGGCAACCGCUACGAUGGCAUCUACAAGGUGGUGAAAUACUGGCCCGAGAAGGGGAAGUCCGGGUUUCUCGUGUGGCGUUACCUCCUGCGGAGGGACGAUGACGAGCCUGGCCCGUGGACGAAGGAGGGGAAGGACCGGACCAAGAAGCUGGGGCUGACCAUGCAGUAUCCAGAAGGCUACCUGGAAGCCCUGGCCAACCGAGAGCGAGAGAAGGAGAACAGCAAGAGGGAGGAGGAGGAGCAGCAGGAGGGGGGCUUCGCGUCCCCCAGGACGGGCAAGGGCAAGUGGAAGCGGAAGUCGGCAGGAGGUGGCCCGAGUAGGGCCGGGUCCCCGCGCCGGACAUCCAAGAAAACCAAGGUGGAGCCCUACAGUCUCACGGCCCAGCAGAGCAGCCUCAUCAGAGAGGACAAGAGCAACGCCAAGCUGUGGAAUGAGGUCCUGGCGUCACUCAAGGACCGGCCGGCGAGCGGCAGCCCGUUCCAGUUGUUCCUGAGUAAAGUGGAGGAGACGUUCCAGUGUAUCUGCUGUCAGGAGCUGGUGUUCCGGCCCAUCACGACUGUGUGCCAGCACAACGUGUGCAAGGACUGCCUGGACAGAUCCUUUCGGGCACAGGUGUUCAGCUGCCCCGCCUGCCGCUACGAUCUGGGCCGGAGCUACGCCAUGCAGGUGAACCAGCCUCUGCAGACCGUCCUCAACCAGCUCUUCCCCGGCUACGGCAAUGGCCGGUGAUCUCCAAGCACUUCUCGACAGGCGUUUUGCUGAAAACAUGUCGGAGGGCUCGUUCAUCGGCCCUGAUUUUGUUCUUAGUGGGCUUAACUUAAACAGGUAGUGUUUCCUCUGUUCCCUAAGAAGGUUUGUCUUCCUUUUUUUUUUUUUUUAUUUUUAUUUUUCAAAUCUAUACAUUUUCAGGAAUUUAUGUAUUCUGGCUAAAAGUUGGACUUCUCAGUAUUGUGUUUAGUUCUUUGAAAACAUAAAAGCCUGCAAUUUCUCGACAAAACAACGUAAGAUUUUUUUAAAGAUGGAAUCAGAAACUACGUGGUGUGGAGGCUGUUGAUGUUUCUGGCGUCAAGUUCUCAGAAGUUGCUGCCACCGACUGUUUAAGAAGGCGAUGGGAUCAGUCCUUCUCUUGGGUUCUGGCCCCCAAGGUCAGAGCAAGCAUCUUCCCGACAGCAUUUUGUCAUCUAAAGUCCAGCGACAUGGUUCCCUGUGGUGGCCCGUGGCACCCAUGGCGUGGCGUGGCUCAGCUGUCUGUUGAAGUUGUUGCAAGGAAAAGAGGAAACAUCGCGGGCCUAGUUCAAACCUUUGCCUCAAAGCCAUCCCCCACCAGACUACUUAGCGUCUGAGAUCUGCGUGAAAAGUCCUCUGCCCGCGAGAGCAGGGAGUUGGGGCCACGCAGAAAUGGCCUCAAGGGGACUCUGCUCCACGUGGGGCCAGGCGUGUGGCUGACGCUGUCCGACGAAGGCGGCCACGGACGGACGCCAGCACACGAAGUCACGCGCAAGUGCCUUUGGGUUCGUUCCUUCUUUCUAAAGACGACAGUCUUUGUUGUUAGCACUGAAUUAUUGAAAAUGUCAACCAGAUUCUAGAAACUGCGGUCAUCCAGUUCUUCCUGACACCGGAUGGGUGCUUGGGAACAGUUUGAGCCUUAUAGAUCAUUUAAAUUCAAUUUUUUUAACUCGGCAAGUGAGAACUUACAAGAAGGUUUUUUUUUUUUUUUUUUUGUCCUAAUGAACACAUUUUCUAAAUGAAUUUUUUUUGUAGUUACUGUAUAUGUACCAAGAAAGAUAUAACGUUAGGGUUUGGUUGUUUUUGUUUUUGUAUUUUUUUUUUUUUUGAAAGGGUUUGUUAAUUUUUCUAAUUUUACCAAAGUUUGCAGCCUAUACCUCAAUAAAACAGGGAUAUUUUAAAUCACAUACCUGCAGACAAACUGGAGCAAUGUUAUUUUUAAAGGGUUUUUUUUUUUCACCUCCUUAUUCUUAGAUUAUUAAUGUAUUAGGGAAGAAUGAGACAAUUUUGUGUAGGCUUUUUCUAAAGUCCAGUACUCUUUGUCCAGAUUUUAGAUUCUCAGAAUAAAUGUUUUUCACAGAUAGA